ACAACACUUGCUGCCUCACGUGCACAGAUUCACAUACUACUUCUCUUCAUGUCAUGGCUUCUUAAAGAAACUCAAGCAGGUAAACAAUAUCAUCAAACCUGUGCAUGAUGCUGCUGCCAAUCAUGGGUUUCUAGUGCUGGGAAAAUUCCAUCAGGCUCUGCAGAAGGGACUAGUACCCUCUCUUUUCUUAGACAUACUUGUCUGUUUAAGAAAUGGAUUGAUCUAAGCAAAAUAAGAGAGGCAAAAUGAACAGCAAGUUUGAUUUAAAGACCAUCAGUUCAAGUCAGGCAUCCAUUACUGGUGACCUCCAGAAACUUCUUAGCCAAGGAGAAUAUGUUCCUUUUAUCUCUGCUCCCAUCUUAGAAAGCAAGUUUGUCCAGGUUAACCGAAGAGGGGAACCAAUUUCCAUCCAUAACCAACCCACCUGCGUGAUCAUUGGCAUCUGUUCUGCCAAUCCCACUUCACUAAUGCCUGAGGCAGUGCUGGUAGCAUGUGAGGUGUCCAUGCUCCCACAGAACAGUAUGAAAAACUUCUGGAAACUCUCAGAACCGCCAUUCCCCAUGAAGGAGCUAGCACUUACCAGGCUCUUCCCCUUGAAGUUUGUGGAACUUUCCGUUCACAGCACAGUUAAUCAUCAUCUCAUGUUGAAAUUAGUAAAUGGCCGCUCCUAUUAUCUAGAGCUCUGUGCCCCACCAGACCAUCAACAAUACCUAUUCCACCUGUGGCUGCAGCUCAUCUCUCUCCUAAAACCCCCUGAAGACAUCAGCAAUACUGAAGCAAAUGUAAAAUCCAGGGAUUUAGACACAUGUCCCAAGAAGGUUCCCAGCUCAAAUGACCCAUCAGAAAAGAGGGAUGACCCACAAGAUGUGGCGAAUCUAAAAGCAGAGGAAGAAGUUAUUGUUAAGCAAAUCUCUUCCAGCCAAGUUCCUCUCUCAGAUACAGUGGAACCCACAGAAGAGAGUGGAAUAAAAGGAGAAAUCUCCAACAACAAUCUGGAACCAGCAAGGCAGGAAAUCACCAUGCAGUCAAAGAACAUGAAUCUUUCUCAGGAUAUAAAGAAGAGCAAAAGCUCAGAAAAGAGGAAAACUAGGACAAAUACAACAAAGAACAAAAGGGAGAAGAAAACACAGACUCCAGUCAUUUACUUUUCAGCUUUCCCUCUCAUCAGCUUUCCUGUUCAUCUUUUCUAGCUCUGGAUUAUUCUUUUUCUCACGUUCUAUGUUCUUUCAACUCUACUCUGUGCCUCUUCUUUUUUUUAAGUGGUACCUUCCUCCAAAGAUUUAUUCCUCUUCCUGUGUAACUGUGUCUGCUCUUUUGCUCUUUUUCUUCCUUUUCUGAUCAUGCUUCUCCCAGUCCGCAUCCUACUAUCAAUUCCCAAAUUUGCCAUAUUGAAGCAAAUGUAACGUUUGCUGUUCAUGGGCUUCCUUAGACCAUCAGUCUCUCUUGUCUUCUUCUCAGCUACUGGUCUGUUUCCAGAUUAGAAAUUACCUUCACAUAACCACCAGGCAGCUGAGAAGUGUGACAAUAUCAUGUCAACAGACACCAGCUAGGCACAGGGUUCUUUUUACACCUCUCAAGUGUUCUGCAAGGACUAAAGAUGAUUUCUGCUGUGAGGGUGAGUAAAUGAGACGCCUUGUAGGAGUGACUGAGGAAGAAUAGCAUGGGAGAGACUGGAAAAGGCCAGUUUGGAAUACAGAGCACAAAUUCUAAUAAACUCCCUACAAAGGCAAAUCAAUUCCCUCCUUUCUUUGUGGUUCUUGAUGGAUGCUUAUCUUCUCCAUCCUUUCUCUUUUGAUUCCUCGUGCUUCUUUUUCAUUC